AUGCUAGAGAGUAAGGUCAAGGAGUCCGACAAGGUCAUCAUCCCCCAUGUGGAGAAACUCGCCAAGAAGAAGGGCGUCGUGAUGGUGCAAAUCGGGUUGGCGUGGAUUCAGAUGAAAGUGACCCACCCAAUUGUGGGCUGUAGCUCUGUUUCGCGCUUGGAGGACGUGAUCGUGAAGGGCGUGGACCUCACUCCGGAGGAAACUGCACACCUUGAGGUGCCGUAUGUUCACGUUGAUGUAUCUUUACCUGAUCUAACACUGAUCACUCGUGCCGAUACGCCGCUCCCAUCACCUACCGGGCCCCGCGAAUACCAACCUUGA